AUGACAAGUGCGCGCAUCCAUAAACUAGCCGACGCAACGACAUCGGCCACAAAGUCAAUAUUAGUGAGCCCGAACCGACUGGGCAGAAUAUCUGUUGAUGAUUGUGCUAACGGUGAAGAGUCCAUGGACAUUGAUAUAACCGAUAUUUCGGUAGCCGAAGAGAAUAGCUCCGAGGAUGACGCGAGUUUGCCUAAGCCCCUGUCCCUGGUCAAAAUUCGUACGCUUCAACAGCAAUCGGUUGCAACUGUUUCGGAUAGUGAAGAGUUUCGUAAGACUGAUCCUGCCCCAAAGCCAAAAAACUGGUUAAUUUCCGACCUAUUGGUAACGGAUGCACAAUCAGAAGAUGAAAAAUGUGAAAAGAGAUCCUCCCGUUUCGAUGACUCGACUACAUGUAUCUCAAGCACAGCGAAUGGUUCGAAGCUGAAUGGUGACCUGAUCGUGAAAUUUCAAGAUGCAGAUUGUAAAACCAGCAGCAAGUGCAUAAAUAAUAUGCAAGUUCCUGAGAUCGAGAGCUCGUCAAAAACGAAAACGCCUGCAACGAUUACUAUAAACAUCAAUGAAUGCUCGGAGGAUAGUAAUUCCCCAGAGUUGUCAUUGCACAAGGUGGUGAAUUCUGAAAAGUCUAUAUCUAUAUCGCCGGAGCCACAAUCAAGCGUAGGAGAUACCAAUAUAGGCCGCAUGGAACACUCAGGACUCAGCAGCAAACAGCGAAGAUCGCGCACAAACUUCACGCUUGAGCAGCUGAACGAACUGGAGCGACUCUUCGAGGAGACCCAUUACCCAGAUGCCUUUAUGCGUGAGGAGUUGAGUCAGCGCCUGGGACUGAGUGAAGCACGAGUGCAGGUUUGGUUUCAAAAUCGAAGAGCGAAAUGUCGCAAACAUGAAAAUCAAAUGCAUAAGGGGAUUUUAUUGAGCAGUCGAAGUCCGCCGGUGUCGACGCCGCUUGAGCCGUGUCGUGUUGCACCUUAUGUUAACUUGGCGAAUAUCCGAAAUACAAACACGGCGAUGAUUCCCUCAACCAAUGGACUAUGUAGUGUACAGCAGCAAGCAGGAAAGAACGCCGUCAACAUAAUUAAUAAACGGCCUCCAUCUCCGAUAUCCGUUGUAACGGCUGCAGCCGAACAUUUUUCAGGCAGCGUUGCAGCAGCGGCUGCAUUUUCCGCCUUCGAUCCAGCUAUACUCUCAGCUGCCGCUCAUCAGUAUGCGGCCGCAAUAAGUAAUAGGAGUAGACCCGCUGGACUUUUUCCAUUGCCGCAAUAUCCGCUUCACUUGGCCGCCUUUGCUGCAGCACACAAGAAUUCUAGCAUAGCGGAUUUACGUAUGAAAGCGAAAAAGCACUCGGAAUCAUUGGGGCUUGAAGCAGAUAUAGUUAUUUAG